CUCCAUGUCACGACGUCUUCCGCUUACUGCACAAGAUGGUUCUUGCAAGUGGAGCGCAGUCCAUCGACACGGUCUACCCCAGAUGUUGUCGCAAUGGUGGUAAAGGAAGAAAAUGCCAAGCGCAAGGCGAGCGACGAGCCUUCGUCGCCCGUGGCGUCGAAAAGGGCGAAACACAGCGACUCGACUGAGCUCGCGACCAACAAGAAACCUGCAAUGAAGCCCAUACCUUUCCCCGAAAAGGUAGAUACCACCCUUUCUACUUUCAGCAACGGUGACUUCUUUGCCCGCCAGUACUUCGAGCCGAUUAACCCAGAUGCGCCUGUGGCUGUUGCAGAUAUCAGUGACAUCGCACAGCACUCCUCCCCAAUAAGAGGUCAAGUGGUGCCGCAUCUUGAAGAAGACAACGACGAAAAUCCAGAGAAAUCAAGCGAUGACUCUGAUACCACCUUCCUCUUUCCUUACAGCAGCAGUAUCGGGCAGGACGCAGUAGCACUCUAUUGUGGACACUGCCUCCAGAAUACAAGCCUUGCUAACACACAACUUCCUCAGUACGGCGUUAUCGAAGAGAGGAACGGCGAGAUCGAGUUCCGUGUAGUCAAUAACGACAACAAGCGUGAAUCUCUAAUCAUACUAACAGGCCUCAAAUGUAUCUUCCAAAAACAAUUACCUAAGAUGCCGAAAGAUUACAUCGCCCGACUAGUCUACGACCGAACACAUCUGUCAAUAGCCAUUGUCAAAAAGCCUCUCGAAGUUGUCGGCGGCAUCACGUACCGACCUUUCAAGGGACGCCAGUUCGCCGAAAUUGUCUUCUGCGCCAUUAGCAGUGACCAACAGGUGAAGGGCUAUGGCGCGCAUCUAAUGUCCCAUCUGAAGGAUUAUGUGAAAGCCACCAGUGAUGUCAUGCACUUCUUGACGUAUGCUGAUAACUACGCCAUCGGGUACUUCAAGAAGCAGGGGUUCACCAAGGAGAUUACACUCCCAAAGUCAGUGUGGAUGGGCUACAUCAAGGACUACGAGGGCGGUACCAUUAUGCAAUGUUCGAUGCUGCCCCGGGUGCGCUAUCUUGAGAUGGGUCGAAUGCUUCUGAAACAAAAAGAAUGCGUACACGCCAAGAUCCGCGCCUUCUCAAAAUCGCAUGUUAUUCACCAACCGCCUAAGCAGUGGAAAACCGGAGUGACGGCUAUCGAUCCUCUCUCCAUUGAAGCAAUCCGGGCCUCGGGCUGGUCCCCCGAUAUGGACGAGUUGGCGCGCCAGCCUCGUCACGGACCGAAUUACAACCAGCUGCUUCAUCUCCUGAACGAUUUGCAGAACCAUCAAUCGGCAUGGCCUUUUCUCAACCCCGUUAAUAAGGAUGAUGUUGCCGAUUACUACGACGUCAUCAAGGAGCCGAUGGAUCUCAGCACCAUGGAAACGAAGCUGGAGGCAGACCAGUACGAUACACCGGAAGCGUUCAUCAAAGAUGCCAAGCUCAUCUUUGACAACUGCCGAAAGUACAAUAAUGAGACGACUCCAUAUGCGAAGAGCGCCAACAAGCUCGAGAAGUUCAUGUGGGCGCAGAUCAAAGCAAUCCCAGAGUGGUCACACCUUGAGUCAUAGAGGAAGCGCAAGGUUAACCAACCCGGGCGCAGAAUAUUCGACGGACUGGAGCUGAAUGAUAAUGACGUACAAGAAGUGGAAUAAACUGGUACAUGCUGGUUUGCAGGAACAGCAGAAGGGUUGGGAAUCGGUUGGGCUACCAUGCUGUAUCCCUCGC